AUGAAGACGCUUAUUUUAUUACUUUUCGUAAUAAAAUUAAUUUCUGCAAAGCCGACAUCGAUUGUUUUGUGGCAUGGAAUGGGAGACACAUGCUGUGUAAGCUUCAGUCUAGGUGGUAUAAAAUUAUUUUUAGAAAAAAAAAUCCCUGGUGUCUAUGUCAGUUCUCUAAGGAUUGGCAGUUCCACUGUAGAGGAUUUCGAGAAUGGGUACUUUAUGAAUCCAAACAAGCAGGUUGAUUAUGUGUGUGAGCAGUUAGCUUCGGACCCGGAACUGAAAGAUGGAUUCAAUGCCAUUGGCUUCUCUCAAGGAAGCCAGUUUCUGCGAGCAGUAGUCCAACGUUGCGGCCACAUUCUGCCUCCGAUUAAGAAUCUGAUAACUCUUGGAGGUCAGCACCAAGGAGUUUAUGGUCUUCCUCAUUGUGGAGCUCUCAUGCAUCCUACCUGCGACUACAUCAGGCAACUACUCAACUACGCUGCUUACGACAGCUGGGUGCAAGACACUUUAGUCCAAGCGACAUACUGGCACGAUCCCUUAGACGAAGAAGCGUACAUAAACAAGAGCAUCUUCUUAGCUGAUAUCAACAAUGAAAUUCGAGUUAACAAGACGUAUAUAGAAAACCUCAAUAACUUGGAACAUCUCGUCCUGGUGAAGUUCGACAAUGAUACGAUCGUGCAACCGAGGGAAACGGAAUGGUUUGGUUUCUACGAGCCUGGACAAGCUAAGAAAAUUGUGCCUUUAAAUGAGACCAGACUUUAUUUGGAGGAUCGCCUGGGCUUUAAGAAAAUGCAGAAAGAAGGCAAAUUGGUACUGUUAUCAACAGAAGGCGAUCACUUACGUUUCUCCGAGACUUGGUUCGUCGAGAAUAUCAUUAAGCCUUAUCUCCUUAAUUAG